AUGCCGGAGCAAAGUAACGAUUACCGGGUGGUGGUGUUUGGAGCCGGCGGCGUGGGGAAGAGCUCGCUGGUUCUUCGUUUUGUUAAAGGCACCUUCAGAGACACCUACAUCCCCACCGUGGAGGAUACCUACAGACAGGUGAUCAGCUGUGAUAAGAGCGUCUGCACACUGCAGAUUACAGACACAACAGGAAGUCAUCAGUUUCCCGCCAUGCAGCGUCUGUCCAUCUCCAAAGGUCACGCCUUCAUCUUGGUCUACUCCAUUACCAGCCGCCAAUCACUGGAGGAGCUCAAACCCAUCUACCAACAGGUUGUAGCCAUCAAGGGCAACAUGGAGUCCAUUCCCAUCAUGCUCGUGGGCAACAAGAGUGACGAGACAGCCCAGCGUGAGGUGGACUCGAAGGAGGGCGAGGCUCAGGCCGGUGCCUGGAAAUGUGCCUUCAUGGAGACGUCCGCCAAGAUGAACUCCAAUGUGAAGGAACUGUUCCAGGAGCUGCUGGCUCUGGAGAAGAAGAGGGACAUGAGCCUGAGCAUCGACGGGAAGCGCUCGGGAAAACAGAAACGAGCUGACAAGCUGAAGGGGAAGUGCAGCAUCAUGUAG